AGCUAUUGGCUGGAAUCAAUCGGGACUAUAUAGUAGAAGGGGAUAGCAGUGAAGGGUUGGGAAAGCAAACCGAGCUAACCAAAUGAGCUGGACAAUCAGUGCAGUGGACCGUUAGCAAACACUGCAACGGACCGCUAGCAAACAGAUGGCGAUCGGUGGAUAUCUUCACUCCUUCCGACACCCUGUUAUCGCGAUGGAUCUCAAACUGCUCUACGCAACAUCUUCGGUCAAUGCUGGGUUCAGUCAAGGCUUUCUCCCGACCCGCUUCCUCCGAAUCAAUAGCAGCCAAGAACCGUCGACAUAUAGUUUGGUCCUGAGGGAGGAGUAUCCACCCGAUACGCAGUAUACAGCUUUGUCGUAUUGUUGGGGCACUGGUUUUGCCAUGAACAGUCUACAAUUGCUCAACUCGGCCAUUGCUUCCUUACGUCAGGAAGGGCCAGUGGAUAGCUUACCAGAAGCCUUCCGUGAUGCUAGGCGAGUAAUCACAUACAUCAGCGUGCAUUAUCUCUGGAUCGACAGUCUUUGCAUAUUCCUAGACUCUGUAGAAGAUUGGAAAAGAAGCAUCGACCAUGGCGGGUGUAUGUCGCAAUUCGCUCCUAAUCGUCUCCGCAGUUUCUAGUGCCAAUGCGGAGGCUGGGUUGUUUUACUACCGAGACGUUGCGCAAGUAGCGUCAACGGUGCUCAAAACUCCAUUGUUAGGUAGCGGUGAUAGGAGAAUGUUCCGAGACAGUCGGGCGAAAUGUGCUGGGUGGCAAGAGUCGUGGUUUGUUAGCGGAGUUAAUACAAGACGAAACUGGUGUGUCAAAGAG